UCAGUGGCAGCACGCUGACAAACGUGCCGUGGUUUGACACGUCAUUUAAAACUUCGAAGACGGAAGCCGAUCUCCUGCGCAGCGGCUGAGCUACAGUACAGUACAAUGGGGGGCUUCUUCUCCAGCUUGUUUUCAGGCCUUUUUGGCACAAGAGAGAUGAGAAUCCUUAUCUUGGGCCUGGAUGGCGCUGGAAAAACAACCAUACUCUACAGACUGCAAGUUGGAGAAGUUGUUACUACAAUUCCCACCAUUGGUUUCAACGUUGAGACAGUGACUUAUAAGAAUCUGAAGUUCCAAGUAUGGGAUCUUGGUGGACAGACAAGUAUCAGACCGUACUGGCGCUGCUACUACUCCAACACAGAUGCUGUGAUCUACGUUGUGGACAGCAGUGACCGUGAUAGGAUGGGUAUCUCAAAGUCUGAGCUGGUGGCCAUGUUGGAGGAGGAAGAGUUGAAAAAGGCCAUCCUAGUGGUGUUUGCCAAUAAGCAGGAUAUGGAGCAGGCUAUGACUCCCACAGAGGUGGCCAAUUCAUUAGGCUUGCCUGCACUUAAAGACAGAAAGUGGCAGAUUUUCAAAACAUCUGCUACCAAAGGAACAGGUCUAGAUGAGGCCAUGGAAUGGUUGGUGGAGUCACUGAAGAGCAGGCAGUAAUUGCACAAACGUCACCCUGUAAAUACUCUUGUCUUCUGAGCCCCUGUUGAAAGACUUGCUGGGUGCCCUUUGGACCAGUGGCUGCAUUCUUCCCUACUGUGUGAAAGCUAUAUUACUUUCCUGGUCCUUCCAGUAAAGAGGAGACACUGCAGCAAUGAAACAGACGGGUGGCAGUAUGGCCAAAUGAACUGAAUGGCAGGCAAGAGGUCCCCAGUUCAAAUGGAGACCCUGUACAAAAAUUGUUAAUGUUCUGGUGAUUGUCUGUACUGACGCUCGCUUGACCUGUUUUUCUUUCCCUUUCUGUAAGACAUAUCCACUACAUCAGUGUCUUGUAAUUUUAGAGUUUUGCUUCUUGUAUUUUCUCCUUUUUAAGGCCUGGUAUCAGACUUCACCCCCGCCUUACAGUCGCGUCGUCCCCUUUGAAUACUAAUCAGCUUUGGUAUCUGACUUUGGAAUUUUAGUGGUUUGUUAUUUAAGAUGAUUUGUCAUUUGUAUGCGAUGGACUUGUCAUUGCGUAUUUAUAUACAAGCAUGUACAGUGGACAGUACCAUUGAGAUCAGUUUUAACAUUGAAAUAAAGCUAUGGUCAAUAAACAAACUUCUUGUACAA